CGAAGGAGGGCGACAGAUCAGCCCUGUCAAGAAGUUUUUAGUCUCCUUUCCCGUGUGUGUGUGUGUGUUUGUGUGUGUGUGUCGUCUCUUAGCUGAACCAAAGGGGGAAAAAAACAAACACAAACAUAAACUACAGAUAAACGGGGUUGUAGGAAGACAAGCGAGAGUCGGACUCGGACACAGCCAUGGAUGGUGUGUAUGCGUGGGGCCUGCCUCCAGUCAACCCAGGAAACCCCUUCAUAGAGAUCAUCGAGCAGCCAAAGCAGAGGGGCAUGAGGUUUAGGUACAAGUGUGAAGGACGUUCAGCCGGCAGCAUCCCUGGAGAGAAGAGCAAUGACACCACUAAGACUCAUCCAGCCAUCAAGGUGCACAACUACAGCGGUCCCUUGCGAGUUCGCAUCUCAUUGGUAACAAAGAAUGCACCGCACAAGCCUCAUCCCCACGAACUGGUUGGCAAGGAUUGCAAACAUGGCUACUACGAGGCCGACUUGCAGGAGAGACGAAUACACAGUUUUCCGAACCUGGGCAUACAGUGCGUGAAGAAGAAGGAUGUGAACGAGGCCAUCACUUGCAGGCUGCAGACUAAUAAUAACCCCUUCAACAUUCCUGAGGCGAAGGUGUGGGAGGAGGAGUUUGACCUGAAUUCAGUCCGGCUUUGCUUCCAGGCCACCAUCACUCUGCCUACAGGGGAGCUGUUUCCUCUGGAUCCUGUGGUAUCGCAGCCCAUUUAUGACAACCGAGCUCCAAACACAGCUGAGCUGAAGAUCUGCCGAGUCAACCGCAACUCUGGAAGCUGCAAGGGAGGGGACGAGAUCUUCCUGCUGUGUGACAAAGUGCAAAAAGAGGACAUCGAGGUGCGUUUCUUCCAGGACUCCUGGGAGGGAAAGGGCACUUUCUCCCAAGCCGACGUCCACAGGCAGGUGGCCAUUGUGUUCCGCACGCCGCCCUACCGCGACACUAAUCUCACUGAGCCCAUUAGAGUCAAGAUGCAGCUCCGCCGGCCCUCCGACCGCGAGGUCAGCGAGCCUGUGGACUUUCAGUACCUGCCUGCUGACCCAGAUGAAUACAGACUGAGUGAGAAGAGAAAGCGUACAGAAGACAUGUUCCAGAGCCUGAAGCUGGGAUCUAUACUGUCUAGUGUGUCCGUUCCACAAGAUAGACGCCACAUAAGCCCAGCAAGGAGAACAGUCACAGCCAAGCCUCCAUCGAUGAACGCACCAGCUGGAGCUGUGGUGCCCCCUGGUGCCAGUGCAGUGAAGUCCUCCUUCUCAUAUAGUCAGUCAGACCAGCUCUUCUCAGUCCAACCUAAGGCAGAGGCCCCCCCAGCACACCAAACAUGGAAAAUCAUGGAGAGCCUGAAUCUGGGUCCCCAGCCCAAAGCCACUCCAGUGGCCAACUUCACAAUGAGCCAGGCGCCGUCGUCCUCCACCUCCUCCUCUACCACCACCACCACCUCCGCUGCCAACCAGGACUACUCAACUGUCAAUCUGUCAGACCUUCACGAAUUCUUCCCAGGCAUUUCCUCGACCAUGGCCCAGGAGCCCACAGCUUCUCAGGGCAGCACAGUCUCCUCACAGGCCAGCAGCUCCUUCACCCUCCAGGGCUCCCAGUUCCGGGUGGAGGCGCCACUCGUGGAUGAUGAUAUCCCAGAGUUCCCUAGCUUUUCCGAAGCCCAGGCCCCAGGCACCCUGGACAGCCUAAACAUGGAUGACUUUGAGGACCUUCUGAACCCCCGCCUCAUCAACGAGGGUGGUAAUGGCGUCUCAAUGUUGGCCCAAGCAUCAUGCCAACAAGCUGCUGCUCCCAGCGCCUCGCCUGUUGCUCAGAACAGCAUAGUAUCCCAGAACACUUCUGACCCCGCCAGCAACCCAGGAAGCACCUGGAUGAAUUACCCCAACAGCAUCAUCCACUUGCUCCAGAACGAGGGCAUGAUUGACAUUGCACCCAACAACAACAGCAACCACCACCGGCCCCUUAUGCUCGAUGAGUUCGAUGUGAUGAUGACCCCUGAUGAGGAUCGUCUGAUUUCCAUUUUGAGCAGCGAUAACUAAGCUGGGGUUGUGACAGGACACCCAACUUAAGUUUGUCCACGUGAUUUGUUUUUUUUUUCUGUUUUUUUUUGUUAUAACGGACAUAUUUACACAGACCACAUGUAUGGCCCAUUUAGCCUUCAGAAUUCCUUUGUUGUUACCAGAGACAAAAAGGAAAUAAAGUGGAUAUGAAGAGCUGGAUGAGACAGACUGUAGCAAAACUGCUCACUGUGGACAUGCUUAUUGAAAUACCAACAAAGACUAUUAAUGGUAUUCAAUUAGUGCAGGCAUUAUAUACACUUUGUCUGACAAAUGAUAAAACACGGGACAGAACAUAAUCAGAUUUCAUUGCCCUUGUUAAGCCUGUGUUUAGCAUCAGUCAGUAACUGUUAAAGCCACUGUGUCGACAUGAUGAUGGAAGACUUAUCCACCAAAAAGAUGUUUGUUUUAAAAAGAAAGUUAGAUCAGAUGCAUUGCUGAAGACAUCUGUUCAAAUGUUUUCCUGUUGAGGUUAUUUUCUGUAGAGUAUGUUAAAUGUUUUUUUUUUACUGUCCUUAACGAUUUUGGUAGCCCUGGUCAGUGUUACUGUGAUUGUCCCUGUCCCUGUCAAGUGAUGUGUUUAGUCACGUUUUAUUGUACACAAAGCGGCUGAUGUAUCUCAUUAAGAAUUUAAUAUGAUCUAGAGGCAAGUCUAUGCAAAUUAUGGCCAUUGUUCUAUAAUUACAUAUCCUCAUAUAGUACUGUGUAACUUGAUAGCACGUUUUUAAUGUUUUCUGAAGGUUGGCAGUAACUGUACACCACUUUCUUUAUACAGGUGCCUUUGUUGAGAGUCUCAACAAAAUGUAGUAAGAGCCAAAUGAAGGUCUAUAUGUAAAUAAUUAUUAAACAAGCAACAUUAAUAAGCAUAUGCUUAGAGCAGAGAAGCACAAGACUUGCUAUCACACUCGCAAAGCUAUGUCAGAUCUUUUUUUUUUUUUUGGUCUGGUGGUAUAACUUCCUCUGGUCUCUAAUCAGUUUUACUAGUUAUUGUAUAAAUAUGGCUGCCGUUUAACCCAACUGUUUCAGACCUGUAGGUCCACUAUACUCUGUUGUUAAAUUUGCUUUAUUGAGUUGCACUUUUCAGUUUUAUACCAGUACGAUGUAGGCAGCUUGU